AAAACAUUUUGCGUGUAAUUGUUAAAAAUUAAAGCAAAUACCUUUAGAGUUAAGUAAUUAAAGUGUUUUGUGUCUCUGUGAGAAUAUUUUUGUGCAAAUGAUGCGCGAGUGAUUGUAGUGUUUCGCGUUUUGUUCAAGGCGAAUGUACGACACAAAGCAAACGAUGUGCUAAACGAGCGUACAAGCGGUGAGAAUGUACAAAACACAAAUGUAAAUAAAUAAACCAAAGCUGAUUAUUCAAUUGUUAAUACUUAAUAACGUGCUGAAUGCGACGGGCAAAACUAAAUACACACGAUUAUUAUCCAUAUUCCUGUUGCUCUCUGCAUAUGUGCUACCAAAUGUGACCGAUAGGUGGCGCUGCGUCUUAUCAGACAAUGACUGGGCGGCAUUGUUUGGCCUACUCACGUGAAUGUUGUACGAGUGUUGGACGUGCUGUAGAUUACACGAUCAAUUGACGUGAGCCUAUGGAACAUGCCCGUGGAUAUGCAUAAGAACGUUUCCGUACAAGUCGACAGUGAUUUUGCUUUAUUGCUUCCCAGCGGAGUUUAUGAGAUCAAGAAGAUGGAACCACGCUCCAAAAUACGAACAAUUAUUCUGUUUUGCCUAUUCUUAGCCAUAGCGGGCAUCAUCGGCUUCGGCUACUUCUGUCAAGAUCAGGUAUGUGCACUAUCCAAACGCGCCGUAAUACUCCAAUCGCCGGACAUGAUGGCCUACAAUGAGCUUCAGCCCAACAACAACAAUAACAAUAAUAACAACAACAACAACAAUGCGGGCGGCAGCACGUCAAUUGCGUUGAAAGCCUCAGCCCCACAGAAUAUUAUAGCCAAUGCCGGGCUGAGCUAUGAGGAUGUGCUGAACGACGAUUUCCAAUUCGACAUGGAUGGCCACGAUGUGAUGGUAUUUCUGCACAUACAAAAGACAGGCGGCACAUCCUUUGGACGGCAUUUGGUGCGCGACUUGGACCUGAAGCGUCCCUGCGAGUGCCAGCGCCAGCGCAAGCGUUGCUAUUGCUUCCGUCCGCAUCGCAACGAGAACUGGCUCUUCUCCAGAUACUCAACCGGCUGGAAGUGCGGCCUGCACGCCGACUGGACGGAGCUGACCAGCUGUGUGGACGCUGAGCUGGACAAGAACGAGGGCGAGACGGCCAAGCGUCGCUAUUUCUACAUCUCGCUGCUGCGCGAGCCGAUCUCACGCUACAUGUCCGAGUACCGCCAUGUGAGACGCGGCGCCACAUGGAAGGGCUCCCGGCACUGGUGCCUGGGCCGGCAGGCCACGGCCGCCGAGCUGCCGCCUUGCUACAAGGGCAAGGACUGGCUGGAUGUCGAUCUGGAUCAGUUCGCUGGCUGCGAGUCAAAUCUGGCGGCCAAUCGGCAGACUCGCAUGCUGGCCGAUCUCGCCCUGGUGGGCUGCUACAACAAGUCCUCGAUGCCGGCGCACGAGCGCGAUCGAGUGAUGUUGGCCAGCGCCAAGCGCAACCUGGCUGCCAUGGCCUACUUUGGACUGACGGAAUAUCAAAAGAUGUCCCAAUAUAUCUUCGAGGAGACCUUCAACCUGCGCUUCGCCAUACCCUUUGAGCAGCACAAUGCCACGAUCUCGGCAACUGCCGUCACGAAUCUGCGUCCCGAUCAACGACGACUCAUCGAGAAGCUGAAUAGCCUGGACAUUGAGCUUUAUGCAUUUGCCAAGAAUUUGCUAUUCCAGCGCUUUGAGCAUCUGAAAGCGAAAGAUGCUAAUUUUGCGCAACGCUUCGCUAAUCUGGGCAACAUAUUUUACAAGCAGGGCGUCACGGAAUUCAAUUGGGAUAGCAACAUAGAGGAUGCGCUGAGCACGGAUCACUGAACGGAUCUUCAAAACCAAAUAUUAAUGUUUAGCAUUUAGUUGAUAAGGAAUGCGAAUCGUCUGCAACAAACAGAGCGAAG